ACCAACUACUGCAAAUGCAAUGCACAUAAUUUCUGCAACAACAAUCAUGUCCACAACCAAUUCCCUUUCUUCAUCUUCAUUUCGAUUAUUCACAUCCAAAUUCCCUCUUUCCUUCUUCAACAAAAAUACCUCACCUUUCUUCAUCACACCAAAAAACACCCUCUUCUCUUUCAAACCCAUCACCUUCCAAACACUCCCAACAAAACCAUUACCAUCAUCAUCAUCGUCGUCGUCAACUUCCCUUCAACCUAUUGAAGAACUCCCUCCAAAGCUUCAAGAAAUCGUUAACCUAUUCCAAUCCGUACAAGAACCCAAAUCUAAAUACGAACAGCUUCUCUUCUACGGCAAAAACCUCAAAUCCCUCGAACCCCAAUUCAAAACAAAAGACAACAAAGUUGAAGGUUGUGUUUCUCAGGUUUGGGUCCGAGCCUACUUGGACAGUGACAAAAACGUUGUAUACGAAGCUGAUUCCGAUUCUGUUCUCACCAAAGGUCUCGCUGCUUUGCUAGUUCAAGGCUUUUCGGGUCGACCCGUUAACGAAAUCAUUCGGGUCACGCCCGAUUUCGUUGUGCUUCUCGGGUUGCAACAGAGUUUAACACCUUCUAGAAAUAAUGGGUUUUUGAAUAUGCUUAAAUUGAUGCAGAAAAAAGCACUUUUGCUUUAUGUUGAAGAUGAGAAAAAGGGUGCUUCUGAAUUUAACUCAGUUGGAGAUUCUGAUUCUAAAGAUGAUAGCUUUGUUGAGAAUUCGAGUGACCCUUUUGUGAUUUCAUCACAAAGUUCUGAUUUUGAUGAUGAGAAUGUUGAAUUGGGAGGGAGAGGGAAGAGGAUUAAGGAGAAGCUUGAAAAGGAGCUUUUUCCUAUUGAAUUGGAAGUUGAAGAUGUGUCUUAUCAACAUGCUGGACAUGCUGGUGUUAGAGGGAGUGAUGGUGAGACACAUUUCAAUGUUAAAGUUGUUUCUGAAGACUUUGAAGGGAAGAGUUUGGUUAACAGGCAUAGGCUUAUUUAUAAUCUGCUUCAAGAUGAGUUGGAUUCUGGACUUCAUGCUUUGUCGAUUGUCGCUAAGACGCCUUCUGAAGUCGGUGAAGGGUGAAAAGGUUAAUGCAUAGGAAGAGAGGUUAAAGUUUUCUCCUUUGUUCUUGUUGUGUUAGAGAAUGUACUUGUUUUGCUUAGAGAACCAAAAGGGUAUUUAUAUUUUUGUUAGAUUAGUUGUUUUAGUUUGAGUAUAGUGUCUUGUGUUUAUAAAGGGUAUAGUUUGAGUAUAGUUGUUUCAUUUUUCUGAUGGAAUUUUCAAUAAUUUAAGUGUUUCUGUAAAUUUAUAAAGCUCAGAUGGUAUGAAUCCAGAGGCUAGACUUCUUGCAGCUGAGAUGUUCAUUCUUAUACUGUGGCAAUUUUGCCAUUGAAAAACUGAAAGAGAUUUGUGGCUUCUAAACACAACUUUUUUUUAGAA